AUGUCAGAGAGUGUAGAUAAUCCCUUUGUCAUCAAUCAAGCAGAGGAGCCAUUCGAUCCAUCCGUUGCGCCUGUGGAUCCACAAAGACAUCAACAUCAACAACAAGAGGAUCAACAACAACAACAACAACAUUAUCAUCAACAUCAACAACAAUCUUCAUACGAUACGAGAGAUGAUACGAUAGAAGGAAAAGAUGAUGUGGUGGGUCUUAUUCCAUUAUGUGUACGGCACGCCGAUGGCCCGCAGUUAAAUACCGCCGUGUUUGGAUAUGAUAUUACCCAAAUGCAAAAACGUCCAUGGGAAGAUCCCGCAGCUAAUUUAAAAGAUUACUUCAAUUAUGGUUUUAAUGAACAUAGUUGGAGACUUUACUGUGCCAUGCAGGCAGAAGGCGAAGCCUCUCUUCUUUCUCGUGCAAAUUCAUUUCUCGCCCAACUGAAUAAUGCGGCGAUGAAAGGCGCUGGUGGUGUUGGUGGUUUGGAAGAUCCAAUGAAUACGGAAGGUGGUGGUCCAUCUUAUUAUAUGAUCCCACAGGGAUCUUCACAUACUCACUACGGCAGCGGUGCUGCUGUUAGUGGCGUUGGAGCUCCACGAGAUAAUUUUCUCAAAACGAGAAUGUGUCAACGGUUUGUGGAUGGACGCUGUACAAAAGGAGAUCACUGCAGUUAUGCACAUGGACGAGGCGAACUCCGUGUUGGGGCCUAUCAACAACAUCAUCAACAACAUCAACAAAUGAUGAUGCAACCAUCACAUCAACAUCAACAUCAACAACAACAACAGACAACAACAACAGCAUAUGUACUUCCACCAGUUUGUGUAGAUCAGGCGGUAUUACCACAGAUGAGUUCCACACCGGCGGCUUUACAUGAUCCCAACAAUGCUGGUGGAUAUCGAAUGAUGCCAAAACGUCAACGAUCACCAGAGGGUGGGGAAGAUCAACAGCAGUCGUAUGAUGGAUCCUACUAA